AUGACCGAGUGCGUUGCAUGGGAUGCCACACUAGCGCUCGUACGUUGGCAGCGCACGCGCCGUGGCUACGAUAAUGACGCUAUCUUAUUGCAAACGGGUUUGGCUUUGCUGCAACCUGAUGCAGACCUCCAGUUUGGCCCACAGAGUGCGCUGGCCCGCACAGAGCGGGCGUUUAAUCUGCCGUGGCAGCGCAUUGUGUCCGAAGUGCUGCAGUUCGCCGUGUAUUUAGUCACAAAGGCCAAGCUGGAUGAAAAUCUGCGUCCGAAUCAGAAACUGCAGGCGCUACGACUGCUGCAACUAGCACUAAACGCGCUCACUGUCAAAGGAGAUGCACAGCUCGCGAUACUGCCGCUAAACUCGUGCAAUUUACUGCUCUCGGCGCUAGCAGAGACGUUGGAGAAGGUGCAAGAGAACAAAGAUACACUGCAGAUACUCAAGGACGUGAAGGCUGUGUUAUUUUAUCUUUUUGGACUACCUAAUGAUCUUUCAAAAGCCGUUAUGGCUGAUUUCCAGAUGUAUCGCCCUCCUACAAAUGUGUUUACUGACUUCUUGAAGAGAAUUUUUACUGCAGCUUUUGCGUCACUAACAAAGUUGCAGGAAAUCAAAUUAGGGGAGGGAAACGCAAAGCAGGCGAAGUCAUACGUUGACGUGAUGUACGCAUCGCUGUUCAUAUUCCAAGAAUUGCAGAAGACGCAGACGAAUAAAAAGAAGGUGUUUAUGGCAAUGGCUAAGACGUCACUGAAAGAUUUUUUGGCUUUUCGCCACUCACUGAUGACGCUUGAGAAGCAACAUGCGAUGGAUCUUGAAGCUGUGACGGUAUUGCUGGAUCAGGUGGUGGAAGAUGCGCUGCUCGACCCGGAACACAUUUGUCAGUUUGAUGGUGCGGUAGUGCACGCCGCGAUUUGGAAGAAAGGAAGUAAAAGUAACGAUGAAGCGCUGGAAGAAGCAGAUGAGAAGAAAUCAACGAAACGACCGAAAGCAGGAGAAGCAAAGGUGGUGUCUGGAUUGGUGUCUUACCAGAAGAAUCUUUUUGACGAACUUCUAAGACUGCUGUCAGAUCAAGAAAUGCCAAUGCGGCUGAAGGCAUCUAUUAGUGGAUUCUUUGAAGUGCUUGUGCGUGGUUUUGCUAUACGUAUCCGUGCUGCUGCUAACACAAAGAUCGAAGACACCAAAACGGACUUGAAGACAAGUCGAAAACGCGCGGCUAUUGUCAUUGCUACCACAACGACAACAUACUCGCCCUUCAAAUUUUGGUCCGAGUUGUGCGCUGUCACGUAUCUAGCUUUCCAACGAGAGACAAAAAAGAGUGACUUUCUGCCGGUGCUAGUGACCUUGUAUAACGCGCUGUUCCGAGCGCUCUGUGAAUGUGACAUCUACCGCGUGACAGAAGACACGGAGGAACGCAAGCAAUUUUUAACGAUGGAGAACAUUCUUACAUCAUUUUUGCACGUGCUCAACGUAGAGCACGUCCAUGAUGUUUUCGCUAACGCUGAUCGGGCUUUAGAGGAGUGUGAGGUUAUACGCAGUGCAGUGCGGUGCUCACCCAACCUUGCGAAUGGCUGCCUCGUUCCGAUAUUCGAAUUGCUUGGAGUGCAGGCUAACAAGGCCAAAGACGGCAAUGCUGGGGUUUAUGCGGCAGCUAGCCAUGCGUUGAUUGAGCUCAUUCAUGCAUACGAUUCUAUGCGUCUUUUGGACAGGUUCCUGAAGGCUGUUUUUGCAACUCCGCAAGCCUACGAUGGCCUGUACAAGCUCUUUGCUGUCCCUUUGUGCGAAGCUGCACUUCGUAAAGCGUUCAUGUUGCUGCCUCCCGGUCAAACGGAAAUGUUGUGGAAACUGCUUGUGGAGCAGAUUGCAUCUUUUGCAUUUAAAAAUGAUGACAUCUGUAAUGCGCGUGGAGUAGCGGUUGCACGCUUGCUCUUCCAGAUUUUCGCUCAAGAAAUCCACGUGGUACCUUCAAAUCGCUCCAAAGUGCUGCGACUUAUAUUACAUACCCAUGAACAACUUUUGUCUUCAUUUGCGACCGAGCUUACUCACGUCAUGGGUUCGUUUACAUCCUAUCGGCGAGAGUUGUUCUGCAUAUUGGGAGAGUUGCUGAUGUUUGACACUGUACUAAAUGCUUCCAUUUGCGAGCAAACGUUUGAUCAAAUUUUUGACAAACUUGAAGGUGAUCGCUUUGGCGCUGUAAUGGAACACCUGUUGAGCGUUUGUCCAUUAUCCAUCGAAACAGAAGGCAGUAAAAAGCAGACAGGUUGCACAAUGAGUGGUCUUAGCAUCAACCACGGGGUUGGUGCUGCCGGGAUUAUUAAACUCUGUGUGUUUUGGUUGCGGAAAACGAGAGCUUUGAAUGAAACCACAGGGGACAAUGCUAGCGAAGGACGAGAGAAAAUCACUCGUUUGGUUAUCAAGUAUGUUGUCAACUGGAAAUGCUGGGAGGCAGUAAGUUUUUAUCUUCCUGAGUUGAUGGCUAAUGCGAGCAGCAACGAAUGUGACCUAUUUUUCCGCGAGAUACUGAGUGCCUACAUUAAUAUAGCUCCAUCUGGUGAGUCGGAAGUUUCGGCUAAGCGAAUUAUUUGCGACGCGGGUUUUUAUGAGAUCCCAAGAAUAAGGAGUAUUGCGCCAGUUUCGUUGACUUCCUUGGGGAAACGCUUUGUGGGCGAAGUGCACCGUGGGUCUUUGACGAGCUUAGAAUUAUCUUGUCGUUUCUUUGGCUUCUUGUUAGAGAUUCCGUCUAGCUACCUGAUACCUCAAGAGUGUGGGCAGCUGCUAUUGACCGCUCUUACUCUGUAUCAUGCAAUCUGUAUGUCCUUCAACAAUGUCGAUGGCAACAUAGAAGCUCGUCACACUUUGUUGACAUGGGUUCAGCAGUACUUUAAGGUUAUUGGAGUUGAGUUGCAGAAAUCAGGGAAGAUGUGGCCAGAGUUUAAGAAGCAGCUACGUAGCAGGACAUCCUUCAUUGUCUCGCAGCUCGUGGCAGACGACUCUGUCAGCGUGGCACUCGUUGCCGAAAUGCUCGGAUACUUUUUGGAUAUUGGUGCUAACGCGUUUGUUGGCGAAUUACUGAACGACGUCUUAAACGGUAAAAAUAUUCAAACUGAAUCGACAGACAAGAUUACAAGAAUAUUGAAGCGUGCUGUCAUUGUUGUGGAGGCUCUGGCUGCAUACCGGACCGCACCGAGCGUUUCUAAGGAAGAGAAGGAGUUUAUCGAAAAUGUUGUGGAGAUUGUUACUCGCGAAAAUGUUUGCGGUACGACACAGGGGCCAUUGUCUUUUGAAGUGCUUACUGCCCUUCUCAAAUAUCAGUCUGCGGUCCACAAAUUAGCUCGCCAGCACAAAAAUCAGCAGACGAAGGCUGAUGAUGGUCGAGUGUUGCAAUUACUCUUGAAGCAUGUAGGUGGCGCUUUGACAGCUUCGAUGAAGCUGGUCGCCAUGAUCGGUAAUUCCACGGACAGUAUCGAGCUCCAGGACGCGGCUUGGUCCUUUUUUGCGAAUUUUUGUGAGCAAUAUUCUUCGUUCCAGACAUUUUUGACUCCCUUACAGACGUAUGGAUGUCUGUUGGCUGUGGCACUUUCACUUAUUGCACGCAACACCACACCUUUAUUAAGCCAGAAUAAAGCAGAGCUAGCAGCGUUGCAAGCAGUGGUGGCCAACGCGAAUAAGGAUGAAUUUCGUCUGCUGCUCUCAACGCUUAUGCAAGAACUCGUUGCACGUGAAGGUAAACGGAAGCUAGGUGCACUGUGUGCUCUAUACGUGCUUUUGGUUGGCGACCGAAAGCUGAAUGCAUCACGACGACUACUUUUGAACAAGCACAAGAAAUUGAUUGUCGAGGCGUUGCUAGAGAAUUUUGCUGCCCAGUUGCUGCUCAUUGGAGCUAAAUCGGCAGAUCCCUUUGACAACGCCGUUGCUCUUCAUGUUUGGAGCUUGAGAGUCUUUGUACUGAUGUUUUCCAAGGCAGAGCUUUUCUCAUGGAAAAACCCUCAGCUACAAUACGUUCUCACGGGCUUUCAACCUCUGUUAGCAGCAGUAUCGUGCUGGCAAGCUGGAACCAACCGAUACAACCCUCAGGAACUGCAUGAGUUGUGGACGCUUUCGUACACACUACUGUUACGUAUUGUACGAAGCCACUUUGCUUCACUCGUGCACUGCAUUCCGCAACUAGUCCAGGCAUCAAACGCACUUUUUCAGAUGCUUGUGUUGACCUCUGCACACCUUGAAUAUUCUCAAAUUUGUUCCGAGUGGAGCUCAAAUCUGGCGCGUCUGUACGGGUACAUGAAGGCGCACGACGUUCAGUUGCGAAAACAUGUCAUCUACCUCUUGAUGGCAUUCCUUGUAAGUGUAACUCGCGACAAGCUAGCCGUGCGUUUUCAACAGAAACUUCGCCCAGGUGUGUUUGCACUGCUAGAUGUGUGUUCACCAUAUGAGAAGGAGCAGCUCUUUGGGGCGUUGGACUCAACUGAAGCAGUAUUACGUGCAUACCGCUUGCUGAAUCCAUGCAUGGCAUUUACAGUGAUUCAGAUUGCAUCUGACAUCGUGUUUGAACGAGGUACAGCAGUGGGGACCGAAAGCAAAAUGAUGCGCUCCAUCGGGGUUAACGAUAAGUUGUUUGCUGCAUUGUUUGAGUAA